UCGCUCUCAUCACAAUCGUCGGUUCCAUCGGCGGAAAAAAGCCUUCUCACAAAUGUAUCCACUUUCAUAACAAUCCUCGCCGAAACGAAAAUGAUUAAACUAGUGCUGUUGGUUGUUGUAUUUGCGAAUUUCCGAGCGGUACCGAUUUCGGCUGCGACUGUUAACUACCUGGAGCCGGAUGGCGUCAUCAUGUACAAGCCGGACCGGUCCACCAUCUACCGGCCGGGUCUGCGGACGUACUGCUACCGCGGCAGGGAAAAGCAACUGCUGCACAUGUUCCAGACGGUGAUUCUGAACUUUGAGUGCGAUCAUGAUGACUUUAGCCAGUACGAGGGAGGUUCCCCGCAGGAAGUCCGAGCGCAUCACGAGACGGAACAGAGCUUGUUUUCGUUCAAUCUGCUCUCGAACAGCCGUAAGCGGGUCAUCAAGAUGGAUCCAUUCAAUCAGAGCUGCAUCGGGGUGGUGUCCGGAGAGGAGUAUACGGUUCGGCUGAAUCUGAUUCGGAUCGACUUUUGGCGAAUGAUCCUGCUGGCGGCGGGGGUGUUUGUGUUCCUUUCGUCGGCCAAGUUGAGUGAUAACUCUCUGUUCUAUUACAUCUGCGGUGUUUGCUUGGGCGUGUUUGCGAGUUUCCUGGUGGUGGUUUACUUGGCCAGUAAGCUGUUCCCCCGGAAGCCGAUGAUGUACGGUGUGAUGCUGGGGGGAUGGACGUUGGGCAUAUACUUUGCCCAGAUGUUACUGGAGAAUCUGCGGCUGAUUUUUGUGACGUACCAGGUGUACGUGUUCUGGUACAUUUUGACGACGGGAUUCAUCAGCUUCGUGAUUUGCUACCGGAUGGGACCACCGAAGAAUCAGCGCAGCAAGAAUCUAAUCAUGUGGAGUCUGCAGUUGGCUGCCUUGGGGUCAAUCUUUUUCUCCUCUGCCUAUCGGGAAGCGACCACCGGACUGUGCAUUGCGUUGAUGCUGUUCUACUAUUUUCCGAGAACUGUACUGCUCAGGAUCAAAUCAUUCUACCGGAGACGAUUUCCCACGAAAAGGCGAUUCCUGACCAACGAAGAAUACUACGAACAGGGAGUUCGGGAAACGACCCAAGCGCUGGACGAAUUGCGAGCGUACUGCAGCAGCCCCAACUGUAAACAGUGGAGUACUGUGCUGAAGCUGCGGGACCCGUCCCGAUUUGCUUCCUUCAUCGAAGGUUCCUCGCAUUUGGUGGACGACGAAAUCCUCGAGUACGAAACUUCGAAUGCCCACCUGGACAUAAGCGAUGACGAGGAGGAGGACAGUGGCCAAAACGGUCAGGAUGAUUCCCCGUUGGUUCUAGCGGAUGUCUCCGACGACGAAGAAGAAGCGGAUCGACCGCAAGCUCGGGUGACGCCUUCACGAGGUAAUUACCGGAAGUUUGCUCAACGGUCGCUUCAGAAUGGGGGAAGCUUUGCCAGCACCAGCACCCCGACCAAUGUGACAACAGCGAGGGUACUGAAUGGGAAUCGUCGUAGUAGCCGCAGUCGGAGCAAGCAACCUGCACCGCCACCGUUGUCCACUCCCCCGCAGGAUGAUUUCGAGCUUAGCGAAGAUGAGGAUUGAUAGACACCACCUAACGGUUAUUUAUUGGAACUAUUUUUGUGUUCUUUUUUUUUUGUAAAUAAGUAUUCGCUGUCCCAUCUUUUCGCUCAAUUCGAUCAUCCUUAUCAUUAUCCUUCUUAACGAUAGAAUAACCGUAGGGAGUAGACAUAAGGGAAAUCAUUAACAUUGAUUUUGAAUAUUAGCUGUGCGUUCUCUAAUAACAUUGAUUUAGCUUAGAGGAACCCUUAUG